GGCCACCGCUUCAAGCGCCACAAUCGGGGGCAGCCUCCGUGGGUCGAGGCCGCGAAUCAUGGUGCGGAGCAGCCACCACUGAAGUCAACAAAACCCAGCCUGACCUGAAGCAGGCAGCAGUGGAGGCCAAGGCCAUGGCCAUUGCCACGUCGGCCCAGCUAGCCCGGGCUCUGUAUGACAACACAGCUGAAUCUCCCCAAGAGCUGUCCUUCCGCCGAGGGGAUGUUCUACGGGUACUGCAGAGGGAAGGCGCUGACGGACUAGAUGGCUGGUGUCUCUGCUCCCUGCAUGGACAGCAGGGUAUUGUGCCCGCCAACAGAGUGAAGCUCUUGCCGGCUGGCCCAGCACCCAAGUCCAGCCUCUCCUUGGUACCUCCUGCCCAGCCUGGCUCACCAUGUGCAGCCCCAGAGCGCAAUGAUGAGGAACAGGAGGUAUAUGUGGUACCACCCCCAGCUCGGCCCUGUCCUGCUUCAGCUGGACCCUGCCCACCCUCCCCUGACCCCAUCUACAAGGUUCCCAGAGGCAAUGGGACCCAGCUGGCUGCCCCUGGAGAAGUCUUGGAGGUCUAUGAUGUGCCUUCUACUGCCCUCCACCUUCCCUCUAGCAGCCCCUAUGACUCCCCAGCCUCUUUUUCCCGCCCUCUGGCUGGGACUGUCCCACAACCCUCUGGAGAGAAUGAAGCUCCCUAUGAUGUGCCUCUGGCCCCAAAGUCACCUACAGAGCUCGAGGCAGACCUGGAGUGGGAAGGAGGCCGGGAGCCAGGGCCUCCUUUCUAUGCUGCCCCUUCUAACCUGAAACGAGCCUCAGCUCUCCUCAACCUAUAUGAAGCACCCGAAGAACUGUUAGCAAAUGGGGAAAGUGGGGACACUGAAGAGGGCAUCUAUGAUGUGCCCCUGCUGGGGCCAGAAGCGCCCCCUUCUCCAGAGCCCCCAGGAGCCUCGGCCACUAAUGACUUGGACACUCUGGCCCAGCUUCUGGCCAGAAGCCCCCCACCAUCACACAGGCCCCGGCUGCCCUCUGCAGAGAGUCUGUCCCGUCGCCCUUUGCCUGCCCUGCCUGUCCCUGAGCCUCCCAGUCCUUCUCCAGCUCCCUCACCUGCCCCAGGCCGCAAAGGCAGUAUCCAGGACAGGCCUCUGCCUCCACCCCCACCCCGCCUGCCUGUGUAUGGGGGCUCCAAGGCUGAGGGGGAUCCAGAGGGCAGGGAGCUGGAGGAUAAUCCAGCAGGACCUCACAAUGAGUAUGAAGGCAUCCCGAUGGCUGAGGAGUAUGACUACGUCCACCUGAAGGGCAUGGAUAAAACUCAAGGACCUAAGCCUGUGGAUAAAGCCUUACCUGGAGACUCUGAACUUCCGGACAGGGAGCUGCUAGAGAAGCAGGAGACCGUGUCCUCAGGGGAGCUGGUGCCUCUGUCCCCCGGAGACCUACAGCUCCUGCAUUUCUAUGCAGGGCAGUGCCAGAGCCACUAUUCAGCGCUACAGGUGGCUGUGGCAGCCCUGCUGUCCAGCACUCAAGCCAACCAGCCCCCAUGCCUCUUUGUGCCCUACAGCAAGCAGGUGGUAGUGGCUGCUCACCGCCUGGUAUUCGUUGGGGACACCCUAGGCCGGUUAGUAGCCUCCACCCCAAUUCAAACACAGGUUGGGGCUGCAGGUACAGCACUGGGCCAAGCUUUGCGGACCACCGUGCUGGCUGUCAAGGGGGCUGCCCUGGGCUACCCAUCCAGUCCUGCAAUGCAGGAGCUGGCCCGGUGUGUGACAGAACUGGCAGGUCAGGCUCUGAGAUUCACCACACUGCUCACCAGCCUGGCCUCCUGACGGUGUGAUGGCACAACUCUGCCCCCCUCUUCCUGCCAGAGUCCUUCCUCCCUCCAGGUUUUGGAUGUCUGAAAGACUGUUUUUCUCACCCUCUUCUGCUCAUCUCAGCCUCUCACAGAGGCAUCUCUUCCCCCAAACCCAUCGCUUUUUGUAUGAGCCAUUUUAUAUAAAUUAUUUAUAUUUAAUAAUCCCUGCUUUGUCAGGGGCAGGCACCAGGCCCUCUGGGGCAGGGAGAAACUGGACUGUUCUUCAGCCUGGGUUGGAGGUAGCUGCACUGCUGCCUCCCUCCGAAUGUUUGGUACACGGAGAAUCAGGUGGCAGAAAACUUGGGGCAACACAGAACCUGUCUCCUGUCCUGUUUCUGGAUUCCAAAGCAUGAGUGCCUCACUAAUAUGCUGAGGGUGAGGUCAAGCCAUUGACUUCUGCCCAGAAUGUGAAGGUGUGGGAGGUACCAGGGGGCUCCUACCUUCAGAUGAAAGGAGAGCUGAGCCUCAGG